UGAGCAAGGUGUAACUUCUGUUACAUGUUUUAGUAAUCACUGCUUCUCACAGGGUCAAAUUCCUAAGCAGAAUUAGCAUGCAAACUUGCCAGCAGUUGCAGUGGUAGGAAAAUCAACCUGAGAGCAAUACAGACAGAAAACUAUGUUCCUGGUGGUUAGUCAGGUGGCAUUAUUAGCUGUCUGUGCCGUUGCUGUCUCUUGGGUUUCUGUAGGAACUUGCACCGUCUUGUUGCCUGUCAUGUGUUUGUCUCAUUGUGUAAUGUCUCCAUAAAUCCCUUUGUUUCAAAAUUUUUUAUGUGAUAUGCAUGUGCUGUUUACAACCUUUCAUCCGUUGGUGGCUGCUCACCCUGUAUAAUAAUCUCGGAGUACUAGACAAAUGAAGUUUGGUAUCAUAGACUAUACUUGACAAAUAGUAAAAUUGUUUACCUUGGUUCAUGUAAGCUUAUGUAAUUUGUGAGACCCAGGAGUACUUUGCUUCUCUGUGUCCGUGUGUGUGCUACUGCAGUAUCUCAGUACAACUUCAGAUGGAGAUGUUCUUUUCCCUAUAGAGCCUUUUUGCAAUGAGAAUGAAAGCUGGCCACGAAAGAAGAGAAUUGUGCUGCAGCCUAGCAAGGUUCUUAAGCUGGAUGACUCAGGCUCCAAGUACUAAUAGAGAUAUGAUUCCAGGCAUGCUUAGUGUUUUGAAACAAAAUGGAAGACAUUGUUCCAGCUCUGGGGAACUGACUAUUUACAGAAGAUGAGGAGACACUCCUACUUAGUUUUUUUGUUCUGUGGGAUAAUUUUGCCUGGAAUCCUUGGGUUUCCACAGACAAAUACCUCAAUUGAUUGUGAUUCUCUGUUACCAAACUAUGAAGCUGAACCACAGACAUCUUCACCACCAUAUAUUAUUGCUGUAUCUUUUGAUAACUUUGAGCCAGGAAAUGAAAUCCAAGUGACUCUAGAAGCACUUAAAGAUGUUGGUUUUAAAGGAUUUAAUCUGCAAGCUCGAGAAAUAGAAGGAGAUGUUCCUAUUGGUACUUUUAAAAUUACAGAUCCAAACACUAAAGGCUUGGAAUGUCAUAAUGUGACGAAUUCAGCAGUAAGUCAUACAAAUUCAGAUGUGAAGCAGAAAAUUACAACAACAUGGAUUGCUCCACAUGAUGUUAGAGAUCUUCAGUUUAUUGCAACUGUUGUUCAAGACCUAGAGAAAUUUUGGGUUGGAAUUCAAAGCAAAACUCUCACACCUACACAUUCUGAGUCAGUUAAUGGGACAGGAAAAAGUAAAAGGAAGCUUAUGAUAGAAUUAGAAUGUAACAAGCGUGGAGGGACUUAUACAACACAAGGCCGAUGCAUCAUGGUGGGACCAUCCAGUUCCUCUCAGAACAGCUAUUCAGGCAGUCAGAGUGGAGUAGUCUACACAAUAAGCAAGAGUGGAUGUGCCCCUGGAGGUGCUGCUAGUGCAUAUGGUCAACACGCCUGUAGAGAUAGUGCAUCCUUAUCCAGCAGUGGUCUUGCCUAUGGCCAGUCUGUCCCUUCAAGCAGUUCAGACUCCAGUAAGAAGGUAGUGGUCAUUGCCAACAGCAACCCUUUUCCACCUGUGCGUCAUACUUACCCCCAGAGUUUGGGAAGUUCUGCUACUAGAGUCAUAAUACAGACUGGACAAAGAGAGCAAAGCAGCAGCGGUACAUACCUUCAGGGUGGGCCAAGUUACUCGGGCAGCAGCAGUUCUUAUGGCCAGGGUUACCAAGGCAGCCAGUCGUCUAGCCAGGGCUACCAGCUUCCAGGCGGCAGUUCCUAUGGCCAGGGCUACCAGCCUCAAGGUGGCAGUUCCUACGGCCAGGGUGGGCCAAGUUACUCGGGCAGCAGCAGUUCUUAUGGCCAGGGCUACCAGCCUCAAGGUGGCAGUUCCUAUGGCCAGGGUGCAUCUUCUUAUUCAGGUGGCACCAGUGGUUGUGGACAAGGUGUUUCAUAUGAUAGCAAUCCCUGCCACCAGGAUGGAUCAUACUCUUCACAAAGCUAUGAUGGUAGCCAACAGAGUGGAUCAUCAUUCUCAUACAGUUACAGUGGCAACCAGGGUGGAUCCUACUCACAAAACUAUGGUGGUGGCCAAGGUGGAUCAUCUUCCUCAGAUGGCUAUUAUGAUAGUAAGGACUCACAAGAUUCCUCAGAUGAUAAUCCCAAUGCUUGUGAUGAUAACGACACUACCUAUAGUGCCAGUGGUCGGAGUUCUGGUUGUGCAAAGAAGAAAGUUGUUGUUGCUCGAGAUACAUCCCAUGUUUUGAGCAGAAGAGACUAUGGUGUACAGAACGAGUCUUCUACUUCAAAUAGCAGCCACACUAACCUCCAGGGUGGAUCAUUUAUUGCAACCCAAGGUGGAUCAAAUAGUCAGGGUGGUUGCAUUUGUCCUGAUGGAAGCAGUGGUAAUAGCCAGGGAGCCCCAGGUUCUUCACACAGCACAUACUCUGGUAACCAGGGAGGGCCUUCCUUCUAUCCUGGAGGAUCCUAUGGGCAGGAGGGCCCAGGUUCUUCCGACAGCUCUUACUCUGGCACCCAGGGAGGGUCUUCCUUCUAUCCCGGUGGAUCUUAUGGACAAGGAGCCCCAGGUUCUUCACACAGCACAUACUCUGGUAACCAGGGAGGGCCUUCCUUCUAUCCUGGAGGAUCCUAUGGGCAGGAGGGCCCAGGUUCUUCCGACAGCUCUUACUCUGGCACCCAGGGAGGGUCUUCUUUCUAUCCCGGUGGAUCUUAUGGACAAGGAGGGACUUCUGGCUAUGAUGGCAACAGUGAAUCCUACGGUCAGGGUGGAUCUUCCACAUAUAGUGGUGCUGGAUCUUAUGGUCAGGAUUCGUCUUCCAUAGGAAGCAGUGAAACUGAUGACAGUGAUUCCACCUCACCAUCUGGCAGCCAGCAGAGUGAACGGGAUUUUUAUUCCCCAGGAGGCAGCCAGUCAGGUGGACAUGGUUCAUCUUCUCAAGGUGGUGGCUACUCCAGUGGACAGGACUCAUCCUCAUCUGGAAGCAGCCAGUAUGGUGGGCAGGGUUCAGCUUCUUCAGGAGGCAGCCAGUCUGGUGGACAGGGUGGAUGUGACUGUUCGGGGGGAAGUUCUGGUGGAUCCUCUACCUUAGUCAGAAGUGAUUCCUCUGUAAAUGGCUCAUCAUCUUCUGGAGGCAGCCAGUACAGUAACCAAAAUUCAUAUUCCUCUGGAGCUAGCCAGUACAGUGGACGUGGGCCAUCAUCUUAUGGAGGCAACCAUUAUGGUGGACAUGGUUCACCUUCCUCAGGAGGCAGCCAGUAUGGUGGACAGGGUUCACCUUCUUCAGGAGGCAGCCAGUAUGGUGGACAGGGUUCACCUUCUUCAGGAGGCAGCCAGUAUGGAGGACAGGGUCCAUCUUUCUCAGGUGGCAGCCAUUAUGGAGGACAGGGUACAGCUUCUUCAGGAAGCAGCCAGUAUAGCGGACAGGGCUAUUCUUCAGGAGGCAGCCAGUCUGGUGGACAGGGUGGAUGUGUGUGCCCUGGUGGAAGUUCAGGUUCUUUUGGAGGAAACAGCUACCAUGGGGGACAGGGUUCAUCAUACUCUGGAAGCAGUCAGUAUGGCGGACAGGGAUCUUCUCCCUCAGGAAGCAGACCAUAUGGUGGGCAGGGCUCAUAUUCUGGAGGCAGACAACAUGGUAAACCAGGCUCAUUUUCCUCAGGAGGCAGUCAUCAAGGAAAGCCUGGCUCCUCCACCUCCGGAAGCACUUAUUCUGGUAAACCGAAUUCACCUUCCUCAGGUGGCAGUCAAGUGAGCUCUGCUGGGAAACACUCCACUUCCCGACUCCUGAUGUUAUUCAGUGUUUUGAGUGUCUUUGCUCUCUCUGCUGCUACACCAAAAUGGUCUAUAUGAACUUCUGAAGAGUUGCUCGGCAUCCUAGACAUGGAUUAUAUUCAGUAAUAUUAGAUUAAUUACUUGAUGUAAGAAAAAAAUACCCUUAAGUCAAAUUGGCAGAUGCUACUUGGCUGUUAUGUUGUAUGUCUAGCUAGUAUGUCAUGCCUCUCCUUAGUUUACCUUUGGUUUUAGUCAUUAGUAGAUAUCAUUAGUUUUGUCAGUGUUUUAGGCAUCAUUUUAAGAGAGCAUAUUGUACCCUACCUAUAUGAUAUAUUUUUAUUUCUGAUGGGGAAUGUGAUGAACACCUAUCUGAAAUCUGAUCGGUGCAAUAAAUACUUAAAAAAUAGUAGGUGUUAACCAAAAUGGAGAAGGUCAAAAAAGUUGUUAUAUAUGCAAACUGAGCACCAUGCCUGGUCAUCACCACAUAAAACCAGGCUAACGUAAACAUCUGAUAAGCAGUCUUCCAUGGGACAGAAGAAAAGAUGCUAAAAUAAUCAGUCUUGGUUUUAGUCUAUUGCAAUCAAACUAAAGUUCAAUAUGGAGGUUGCAAAGCCAAAAAAAAAAAACACUCCAUGGCACUGAAAUUUUGAGAGGUUAAUUAAAGUUUAUUCACUAGAGAAGUCAAACAACUCAGAGCAAGAACUGCUGAACUCUGUUCAAACUGCAUGCAAAUAUCUGGAGUUCUGUAGAGAAGCAUGAGAGGCAGUGCACCCUACAUUAGUCUGAAAGUCUAGAAGCUGCUGAAAAACAGUGUUUUCCCUUGGGAAGGAAUGGAAAUGUAAUUAAGUUCAUAAAACUGAUAGUAUCUUGGCUGCUUUCUCAAGUAUUUAGUCUAACCUGUGAUACCUGAUAUACCUGAAAGUUUCAUUUCAAGGAUGUCGACAUCUGAAAGCAGGUACAGGAACUGUGGUCACAGAAAGAUCAUGGCCCACUUUUGAGUUCAGCAGCAGUUCCACAUUUUGCAGCAAACUCCUUUGGAGCUGCCGGAGCCGCCUUCUGCUUGUGCAGUGACCCUCGCUCUGGCGCCUUGUUGGCAGUGGUGUGUGUGUCCCUUGUCCGGCCGCCCCUGCAGCUCCUGCCUCAGCCACGGGCCAAGCUCCUCUGCUGUUAACAAAGUGCAUUCCCCUAAAGCGUACUUCUGAUUACCAUCUCAUUGAACGUGCGCCUAGUAUUAAAAUUACAUUUAUUAGUA